GUGUGCGUGUUGUGAGCUCACUUGCCAGGGUUUCCUUUGCGUGGUUGUCUGUCUGCUAUUCUGUCUGAGGGUCCGAUUAUUUCCCAGUAAACAGUCAUUCACAAAGGCCUUGGCCAUGCCUCCCCUCCUUGCCCCCCUCUUCCUGCUACAGCUUGUAGUUCUUACCUAUGUGAGUGGUGGAGCAUACUACGGUCACAAGCAGCAUCCUCAGCCUUACCAACCGAUGCAGCAUCUCCAACAUAUUGGCAAGGGCAAAGGUGGCUUUCCUCAGCAGCAGUACCUUGGCAAAGAUGUGCCCUAUAUGCAGUAUCCCCACUACAGAAAGGAGCUGCCACCAGUGCCCAUGCACAAGGGAAAAGAAAAUGCUCUCAAGGGUGGAGGCUAUAAUGGUGGCCAAGACAAAGGUCAGACAGUUCCUAGUGGUGCUGAGGGAAUUCCCCAAGGAGAGCCAGGACCUGCUGGGCCACCUGGGGCACCUGGACCAGAGGGACCUCCAGGACCUCCAGGACCUCCUGGACCUCCAGGCAAUGAGUUACCGGGACCUGCAGGACAACUUGGACCUCCUGGUCCACCUGGAAUUCCAGGAGUUGGAAAACCAGGUUUGCCAGGAAGCCCUGGUAAACCUGGAGGAAUUGGUGCUCCUGGGCCUCAAGGAGAAAUGGGUCCUAGGGGUGAAGAAGGACCACCAGGGCAGUCAGGGCCUCAAGGACCCCCAGGACCACCUGGACUCCCAGGAAUAGGUAAACCAGGAAUACAGGGUUUACCAGGUCAAAUGGGGCCCAAAGGUGAGCCAGGUCACAAAGGCCUUCCAGGUUUGCCAGGACUGCCGGGACCCAAAGGAGACAAAGGGAUGGGGCUGCCAGGACCACCUGGUCACAAAGGGCAUCCAGGGCUCCCUGGACCUGCUGGGCCAAGAGGAUUGCCUGGUUUUGGAAAACCUGGAUUGAAUGGCACACCAGGCCCACAAGGACCACCAGGAUUAAAGGGACAACCGGGAGAGCAAGGACCAGCAGGACUACCAGGUGAAAAAGGACAGCCUGGCUCACCAGGUCUACCUGGUCAAGGGAAGCCAGGUCAAAAUGGUCCACCAGGACAACCAGGCAUGCCAGGUGUGAAAGGUCAUCCAGGACCACCAGGUUUACCAGGAAAGCCAGGAUUGCCAGGAUUUGGUAAACCGGGGCUCCCAGGACCAAAGGGUGAUAAAGGUAUGAGUGGGCCACCUGGAUCACCUGGACCAAAGGGAGAUAAGGGUUAUAGCGGUCUGCCUGGUAUGCCUGGACCUUCUGGACCAAACGGCCCUCAAGGUCAUCCAGGCCCUAUUGGGCCCCCAGGGCCUAUGGGUACACCUGGUCCUAAAGGUGACUGUGGUGAAGGAGGGCCUAAAGGUCUUGAUGGUACCAAGGGUGAGCCUGGUCCUCAAGGGUUACCUGGAAAGGAUGGCUUGCCAGGAGACCGUGGAGAGCCAGGACCAAGAGGCCCACAAGGACCAAUUGGUGCCAAAGGAGACAUUGGACAUGACGGUCUACCAGGUGUCCCUGGUCCUUCAGGACCUCCUGGUCUUAAAGGAGAAAGAGGAUUACCAGGUGAAGUGGGACCUCAAGGCCUUAAAGGAAUCCCAGGAAUGGAUGGUGCAGUAGGACCAAAUGGGCCUCCUGGUCUUCAAGGACCAAAAGGAGAUUAUGGUCCUCCUGGUCCACCAGGCAUUUCAGUUGAAGGGAGUCCAGGUCUACCUGGUCCUAUGGGACCCCAGGGAAAAGAGGGCCCAUCAGGACCCCCAGGGCAACCAGGUCUGCCUGGCCUGCCUGGACCACCAGGUCCCCCUGGAGCACCUGGUCUGUCACCCGAAAUGGCAGGAGUGCUCUCUGAAAUGGGCCCAGCACUAGAUGGCGUUAAAGCCGGAGGUUAUGGCAAGAAGGGCAAGUAUGGAGGCAAUGGGGCAGAAGUAAUAGGUCCCAGUGGGCUGGAAAUGCCAGCAUUCACAGCUGUAACGACGAUUCCUUUUCCACCUGUGGGCGCUCCAGUCAUCUUUGACAAGCUCUUGUAUAAUGGUCGCCAAAACUACAACCCAGAGACUGGAAUUUUCACUUGUGACAUACCUGGCAUUUAUUACUUUGCCUACCACAUUCAUUGCAAGGGAGCUAAUGUUUGGGUGGCUUUGAUGAGAAACAAUGAGCCUGUGAUGUAUACAUAUGAUGAAUACAAAAAGGGUUUCCUAGACCAAGCAUCAGGGAGUGCAGUAUUACCUCUACAACCUGGGGACACUGUGUAUAUUCAGCUGCCCUCAGAUCAGGCUUCAGGACUUUAUGCUGGACAGUAUGUGCAUUCCUCCUUUACUGGGUACUUGUUAUAUCCAAUGUAAAAUCACAAACUGCAGAAAGAAAGAGAGAGGGGCUUUGGUAAGAAUUACACAAGAGCUUAUUUUUGUAUGAUAUAAAACAUAAAUUACUCUACAAUGAGCAUACUUUUAAUGCAAAAUCAGCAAAUUGUUGAUCCAGUCAAUGAAGAGCAGAAAACAAGAUAAAAUAUAUUAAAGUUAAUAUGAAAUCUGCAGUCUGUAUAAACAAUAGUUUUAUAGCAUAAAGCUUAAGAGAUGUUUUAACUGGGAGAGCAAAAAUAUGUCUUUUACAGCACUGGAUGAUAUGAAAGAAUGUACAAACAGCAUACAAAAAAUAGCUACAGAGGUACUUUCAUACACAAAGUGCCAACAAUUCUUAAGAGUGCAAAUUAUUAGUAUAAACAUGGAAGUGAACAUGUGACGUUUAAGUAAAAGAGGGAAAAAAGAAAUGGUAUAAUGAUAGUUACACUGUUGCAGCAGUGUCAAAUUUAGUCAUGUCUUUAAAAUUGGCAGCUACUCCAUAUGGCAAAAAAUGUGAAAGUAUAAAACAUUAGGAUACAAACUAUUCAUUUGGGUGGGGACAAUAUGUUUUUGCAUGCAUAGACUUGUAUAAUCAAUUUUCAGUUUUCUCUAAUGAUAACAGUAAGUAUAAAAAGCGUCUUUUUAGAAUGAUGAUGCAGAUUGUAGCACGGUUUGUGUUGCAGCAGUCGAUACAUUGCCUUGUUUAAUUUUUGUUUGUUUUUUAACAUAAACCCAUUUCUAGCUGUGUCUGUAGCUGUGCUGGCUGCAGAGGGCAAAACUUGAGGGCAAAGAUCAUUUUAAUUUUCAGUAGACUGGACUGUUAUGCUCAAGAUGUGCGUGAAGGAAUGGUAUGUUUAAAGGACAGCUGUUAUCGGUUGGUGAGUUGAAAUGGCAGUUUGUGUGCUCUUCUGUAGAAAGAGGCCACACAAAGCAUAGAUGGCCCAAAUUAAGUCAAAAACCCAAGAAUGUUGCUGGCUGAUUAUUGCUCUUGAGUGAGAUUUAAAGAUUAAGAAUGUAAUAUUAUUUUUAUGUUUUGGUUUUUUUUUUUUGAGAUAGGUUUGUGGUUGUUGUCCUGUAUUAGAAUUCAAAAUAAGACAAAAUUGUGCUCUGAGCUAUUAAAACCACUCAGUAUAUGCUGAUAAAUAUUAGAGCAUUAUCAUCAGAAAAUUUCACACUUAACAAAAAUUCUCUAUCACCAACUAAACUGUUGAAUCGUAUAUAUCAGCAAUAUGUGAAAACGAACAGCUUACACGUGAACACAAAGUUGUGUGUGUAUAGUCGUACAUGUUAUAGUACAAAAAUAAUACUCGACAGCAAAUCCUGCUGAUAGACAGCAAGUCUCUGAGUCUUCUUUUCAAGUCAAAACCAGUGAUACCGGUUAACAUUUUUAUUUACUUUUAUUUAAAAAUCAACUGAUUGUAUUCUGUGACUGUUUUGCAGGUCAUAUUUUUUUUAUAUAUAGAAGCAUAUCACAGUGCAUUUUAGUUGUUAUGACAGUAUAUGUAUGCAUAAGAUGGCAUCAUAUGAGGAACACAAUUUAUAGAUUUUAACAGUUAGAUGGAGAGGUGUGUUUGAAAGCAUGAUAACCAAAUCAAUUUACCCUGUAACCUCAGUGUGUUUCCUUUAUAUGGUUUGGCUGUUUUCAUUAAUGGACUCAAAGCUGCAGCAAUUCAUUAACAACAGUUAUGUCAGUAAUUUAUUAUUUUUUUACUGCUGAUCACUUACAUGCAAUAAAGAGAACAAGAAAAAAUGGGAAAAGGAAAUGACCAUGGUGCCAAUGUUGUUAUUGUAACCAAAG